UCUUAACCCCUACCGCCGGUCGCCGCAACCACCCUCUCUCAUAACUCCGGUUCUCUUCGUCUCCCCAUCUCCUCUCCCUGGAUGACUUGCUGCCGCUCUCCUCUCCAAAACUUGUCCCUCCUUCCCCUCCAUCUUCUUCACCCCGCCGCCGAUGGCUUCUGACUCUCAAAUGUGUGCUGCAGAGGGUAAGGGUAGCCAUGGGAGCAAGAAACCCACACUCUUGAAUUAGCUACAAUUGGCUCUAUCAAUUGGCUUCUUCUAUUCCAUUGCCUCUACUUCCCAAACCGAAAUCCCAAAUGUCGAUUUCCAGAGAAUCUAAUCCCACAACUAUCAGAUGUGGAUCCGAUGUCCCUUCCUUAUCUCUCCCUCCCUCUCGCAGCGGAUCUCCUCGCCAGCGACGUUGGAUUGAAGGCACCUUUUCUUCGGAGAUUUGAGGAGGGUCGGCAUUUUGGGGUUCUCGUUCUGGUUCGUAGAUUUGAGCAGGGAAGGCAUGCGGGUGAGAUGCUGGUUCUCGACCUCUCUGCGCGGAGAAUUGGUGAGGUUAAGGAAGAGGAAGGUGCCGCUAGCAUUCCAUUUUCUCUCUCCAGCUCCAAUCCCUCCUUCAUGCUUCUCUCCAGAUCUCGACCCUACCGCUACGCCGCUGGUGCUACUCCGCCAGCGAUGUUGGAUUGACAGAUCUGGCUUUAAGGAGGCUGCCUACUCCUUCUCCGUCUCCGUCUCCAACUCACGAAGCCCACCACCGCCGUCAUCAGAGGCCGCGACCCAGACUAGAGUGGCCGCCUCUCUGCCAGUGAAGGGUAAAUCUCCAAAUUGAUUUACAAACGACGGUAGAGGUUGGGAGACGGGAGAGGGAAGGGUAAAUCCCCAAAUCAAUUAUUUUAUGUUUAUGUUUUUUAUUUUUAUAAUUUUUUAUUUUCUUUUUUUAUAUAAAAAUAAUUAUAAAUUCCACUUCAAAUGCCACCUAAGCGCUGACUAGACUUUCUAUUAAAAAUUAACAAAUUAACGGUCAACACCGGUCAACUCUAACAGAAAAAUAGUUUGGGACACAAUUGUCAUAUCGGAUACUUUAUGACACAAAUGACAUAAAGUUAAUAGUUCAGGUUUCUCAGUGGUAUUAACCCUUGAUUAUACGUAUGUCACAUUCUUUCCAUUGAUUGAUUCUUUAUGUGGGAGAUAAAUUACAUUUGUUGUUGACUGUGUUUAAUUACAUGUUUUUUCUUUUGUAAAAUGAUGUUUAAUUUCAUUAAAUCAUAGUCCUAUAAUAAGUUAGCAAUCAAUUAAGCUCAAUGGAGCAAGAUGAAAGCUAUUCUUUUUUUACUUAAAAAGGAUGAGUCAUCUCUCGAUAGAAGCUAUUCAUUUUUUGAACAAAAGAACAAAAAUAAUUUCUUCCUAGGUUUACACGAGGGACAAAGGGGAGGAGUGUAGAAAAGGAAAAAUAGAUAUCUAUCUAUACAAUAAUAGAUACAGAUUCAUGGUUUAGAAACUCGCCAUUUUGAAUGUCCAGGCUCUACCUUCAUUCACGGAAGGGCCUCAUUGUAACUUCACAACUCCCUUUUAAAUGGCUCACACCGUUUUGGCAAAGGCAUAGAGAUUUCCAUGCCGACUGCGGGCUUUGUUUCAAAUCUAGGUUUUUAAUUGGGCCUUAUCUGUUUUUUUUACUGGCCUUCUAACACCAGUGGCGUUGUUAGCCCCCCUUAGAGCAGAACCAGGCAUUCCCGGCAACACCGAAGUUAUCUCUCGGCCAACGGAAUUGCUACCCAAGUUGUCCUCGCCGGCUGCCGCCAAGAAUUGCAAUGGGUUUACAUCGGCUCACGCGGCCUUCCAUGGACUCAAUAUCUUCCCCAGAAAACCGCUACUGAUUAUUCCCUGAUUGGACCUGAUUAUGCAACAACGACGGGGAUUAUUCUCAACAACCGGCUCAGCUCUGCUUCAGAACGACCCGCUACUCAGCUCGCCCACGACAGCUAACGAAACAAGGUACAUUAUAUCAGCUCACCAUUCUUACACUCAGUUAGACCCUGUCGACCUAUAUCUGAUUCUUCUACCCAAUUGUAUUUGUUCAACUGGUUCGGAGAAAAGCAACAAUGGCUGGAUUCUUCUCAUAACUAGGCGUUUCAUUUUCAAAUUCAGCCUUUACCGUGAUAUGUGAAUGGGUCUAUUUUGACAUGUCAGCAGAAGAUGUGUAGCGGAAAUAAUUUACAUGUUACCAUGGUUCAUCUGAUUCGGCUCAUUGGAAGGAUUUACUUAGUACAUCUGAUGUAGCAACUGUAUGGUUGGUUGUUUGCGCCAACCAACUCCCAACUUUGUUAUACUAUCAUUUUGGUAUCCCUGACAUUGUUUGGAGCACCUAAGUAUCUCCCCUUUUUUCUUAGCUCAGGGUGCCGUUUUCUACUGCUACUGGUAGAAUCGUUGUAGUUGAGUCUUGGCUGAAAUCUUAGCUGCUGCUAUCAUUUGUAUUUUGUUCCUUUAGUUCAAUAAAAUCAGGUGCCCCAUUAUAAAGACAAAACUCAGGC